CCUUCUGAGGGAGAAAUGAGGGUGCUCCUGUGGCCUUUGGCGCUCAGUUGCUCUUGCCUAUUCCUGCUGCGUCUCCCGGGCGGCUCGGCUCAGUUGUUCGGGCGGCGCUAUGAGGAGCGCCCGUGUCCCGAGCGCUGCGACCGCGCGCGCUGCGCAGAGCUGCCGACCGAGUGCGCGGGAAGCGGGGAGGCGCUCGACUCCUGCGGCUGCUGCCCUGUUUGCGCCGCGGAGGAAGGCGAGCCUUGUGGCGGACCCCCGGCCGGAGAGCCAUCGUGCGCCGAAGGGCUGCUGUGCGUGCUGUCGCCCGGCGGGUCCGGCGCGGCGGCCUCGGCCACCGUGCGCAAGCGGGCCAAAGGCGGCCGCUGCGUGUGCGCCAGCAACGAGCCCGUGUGCGGCAACGAUGGAAGGAGCUACGGCAACCUGUGCCAGCUGCGGACUGCCAGCCGGCGCUCGGAGGGCCAGCGCCAGCCGCCCGUCAUCGCCAUCCAGAGGGGCGCCUGCGGUCAGGGUCAGGAAGAUCCCAAUAGCUUGCGGCACAAGUACAACUUUAUUGCAGAUGUGGUAGAGAAGAUAGCACCGGCUGUUGUUCACAUUGAAUUGUUUCGCAAACUGCCUUUUUCAAAGAGGGAAGUUCCUGUUGCCAGUGGUUCUGGCUUCGUUGUUUCUGAAGAUGGAUUGAUAGUUACAAAUGCCCAUGUGGUUACCAACAAGAACAGAGUAAAAGUGGAGCUGAAGAAUGGUGUCACAUAUGAAGCUAAAAUUAAAGAUAUUGACGAGAAAGCAGAUAUUGCACUAAUAAAAAUAGAUACUCAGGGGAAGCUGCCAGUCCUUCUACUUGGACGUUCAGCAGAGUUACGGCCUGGUGAAUUUGUGGUUGCAAUUGGAAGCCCAUUUUCUCUUCAAAAUACAGUGACUACUGGUAUUGUUAGCACCACCCAACGUGGAGGCAAAGAACUGGGACUUAGGAACUCUGAUAUGGACUACAUCCAAACAGAUGCAAUAAUUAAUUAUGGAAACUCCGGAGGACCUUUAGUAAACCUGGAUGGUGAAGUGAUUGGUAUUAAUACUCUGAAAGUCACUGCUGGGAUCUCCUUUGCAAUACCAUCGGACAAAAUUAAAAAAUUCCUCACUGAGUCACACGAACGACAAUCUAAAGGAAAAGCUGUAACUAAGAAGAAAUAUAUUGGUAUACGAAUGAUGUCACUCACUCCUAGUAAAGCUAGAGAACUGAAGGAACGCCAUAAAGACUUCCCUGACGUUAUUUCUGGAGCCUAUAUUAUUGAAGUAAUUCCAGAUACGCCAGCUGAGGCUGGAGGCCUGCAAGAAAAUGAUGUGAUUAUAAGCAUCAAUGGACAACCAAUACUCUCAGCCAAUGAUGUCAGUGACAUCAUCAAAAAGGAUCCUACACUCAGCAUGGUAGUACGUAGGGGUAAUGAAGACAUUAUUCUAACAGUGAUUCCUGAUGAAAUUGACCCUUAAUUAGAAACAUGAGCUGGAUUUCAUGUUCUCUGUUAAGAGCAAGCAGUGGACUGUUUAUAUUAUCUCUGUGCUGGUACAGGAAACAGUAGACAUUUGACCAAUAAUCCACAUAUUCAGUGGAACUCUAUUGGCCAAUAAGGUAAUUUUCAUAUAGGUUUGAGGUGCAAAACCUAUGCAAUGUUCAAGAUGAUACUUCUGCUGUUCUUAAUGUAUGCUAUGUAUUAUCUAUUGGCUGCUCCAUCUGUUACUAGUACUUCAAUGUCAACAUCUGCUCCCUUCUGUGCUGCAAGUUACAGUGAUUCCUGAACCAAGACUUCUUGAAAGUUAAACCACCGCUAAAUCAUACACUUCAGUAUUCGGUUUUUCUGUAGCUUACCUAGAAAUGCAAUUGUGAUAGAUAACUAACAUGUUUGGAAAUACUGACUCUUGUACACACACAACCCAAAAGACCUUUCCUUACAGAAUCCAUGCUGAUUUUUUUUUAAUACUGUAUUUUCCUAGUUUAAUUAAAAUAAUUCCAACAGAA